GCGGCACCGAGCAAAAGAAGGCGCACAAGUGUGUGCCACCGGAGUGUGUGAGCGCAAGCGCCAGGGGAACCUGCGCCUUGGAGAGAGGCAGCCAUGCACUCAGACGGGGGGCUUUUUUAGCUGGCGGAGAGUCUGGGCAUUUGCAGGUGUGUGUUCCGUGGGAGACUGCGAGCGAGGGUAUGCCAGCAUGCGUGCGUGUAGCACUGUGGUCGAUCAGAGACGGGCUCUUGGCGUUAUGCGGCCGACGGUGCACUUUGAGGACUGACUCAUCCAGCCCGAGCUGCAAAGACGGGGACGGACGGAUGGACAGAUGGGUAGACGGUCCUUAGCUCUAGAUACUCCAGGUCCCUCUAGACCAUGUAAAGGUCUAGCCUUUUUUUUCAUAGGAUGCCAGAAGCCCUCACUAAUUGGAAUUGCAGACACUCAACCAGACCAACCAAAUUUGCUUGAAAACCCCUGAAAGGAAAAGAAAUCAUCAUCUCCAUGGUCUAGGAGAAGCAGGAUCUCUUGCAUCUGCGUGGUCUUUGCCUGCUUGAUAUCUUUUUUUUUUUUUUUUUUUACGCAUUAAAGGCAGUUACAGGAUCCUAUCCCAGAACAGCCAGGCGAGAUAAGAGGCUGGCAGACAAGACGGGACGGGCAUGGCUCGCCUCAACUGGUGCCUGGCUGCUGUCAUCAGCUGGGGCAAGUUCCUCUUUUCCUGCUUCUUUCCUCUGCGGGGAGCCAAGCGAGACAAGCCUGACGAGCUGGAGGGCGUUCACACUCACACCUUCAAGCUGAAACCUUUCAAGAAGGCCAAGAGUUGUGACAUAUGUAAGCAGGCCAUCACUAAGGAGGGUCUCAUCUGCAAAGCCUGCAAGCUGUCCUGUCAUAAGAAAUGUGAAGUGAAGGUUACCACGUCAUGUCAAACAGCCACCAACUGUGAUCCACCUCCCACUCCCCAGCUGCCGUUAAAGCAUGUAGAUACACCGGGAUCUAUGAGGUCCUGUAAAAGUGUGGAGAUCCGAAGAAAGCAGUCACGAAGCCUGAGUGUGGUCCAGACCAUGGAGGAGAGCUAUGAAGUGGACCUGGUCUACAUCACAGAGAGGAUCAUCUCUCUGUCUUUCCCCGCCAACGCCGAGGAGCGCAGUUACGCCACCAACCUCAAGGAGGUGGCCACAAUGCUGCGGUCAAAGCACGGCGAACACUAUCUGGUGCUCAACCUCAGUGAGUGGAGGAAUGAUUUAACAACGUUAAACCCCAAGGUUCUUGAAUUUGGCUGGCCGGACCACCACGCUCCAGCGCUGGACAAGAUUUGCAGCAUGUGCAAAGCCAUCGACACGUGGCUCAAUGGAGACCCUCACAAUGUGGUGGUACUGCAUAACAAGGGGAACCGCGGGCGCACAGGGGUAGUAGUGGCUGCCUACAUGCACUACAGCAACAUAUCUGCAAGUGCUGACCAGGCUUUGGACAGGUUUGCCAUGAGGCGUUUCUACGAAGACAAAGCACUUCCUGUUGGGCAGCCGUCACAAAAAAGGUAUGUCAGGUACUUCAAUGGCCUCCUGUCUGGACACAUAAAGAUUAACAACAAGCCGCUGUUCCUCCAUCAUGUCAUCCUGCAUGGCAUUCCCAACUUUGAAUCCAAAGGAGGAUGCCGACCCUUCCUGAAGAUCUACCAAGCGAUGCAACCCGUCUACACAUCAGGAAUCUACAAUGUUCAAGGAGACAGCAACACCAGUAUAUGCAUCACCAUCGAACCCGGCCUUCUCUUGAAAGGGGACAUUUUGCUGAAGUGCUAUCACAAGAAAUACAGGACGCCAACAAGAGACAUGGUGUUUAGGGUGCAGUUCCACACGUGCGCCAUUCACGACCUCGGCGUGGUUUUUGCCAAAAACGAGUUGGAUGAAACUUUCAGAGAUGAGAGAUUUCCAGAAUAUGGGAAGGUGGAAUUUGUUUUCUCAUAUGGGCCAGAAAAGAUCAAAGGUCUGAGCCACCUGGAGAAUGGCCCAAGCGUCUCCGUGGACUACAACACCCAGGAUCCUCUGAUCCGCUGGGAUUCAUAUGAGAACUGCAACCAGCGCUGUGAGGAUUCAGCAAAUUGUGAACACGAUGUUGCUCAUACCCAGGGUCCACUUGAUGGAAGUUUAUAUGCCAGGGUUCGCAAAAAAGACUCCCUUGAGGGAGUUGUCACUGUCAAUGGGCUCCCAGUCUGUGAAAAGUCCUUGACAAAUGCAGAGAACUCCUUGCCACAGACCAACCAUUCCCUGCAAACAACCGAGCAUUCGCUUCCUGUGACGGGCCACACAUCUCUUCCUGCUGUUGACCACACCCUCUCUGUAAGCAGUGAUUCCGGAAACUCCACCGCAUCUGUCAAGACCGAUCGUACAGAUGAGCACAACCAUUCACUGCAGAGUGCCGUGAGCCACAACAACCCGCCGACCACCCACCAAAUACUGAGCCCGCAGGAAAAACGCGAGCUCGAUCAGCUUCUGAGCGGUCUCGAGGCACCUACUCAGAGGCAAGCGUACCUGUCUACCUCCACUAGUCCAGGUGGGGGAGUCAGGCACCUUGUUCCUGCUCAGGUGCACGUCAACGGGGGCCACAACAGGCUAGUUGGUGCACCUUCAACAGGAGAACGGGAGACAGAUAUCCUUGAUGACGAACUGCCUAAUAGCCAGGAAGGUAACAGUGUGGAUAGCUUGGGCACGCUCUCGUCCCUAGAAGGACAAGCAACUCCAGGUGAUCUCUAUUACCAAUCCCAGACUCCUGUCAGUGGGCAGAACGACGGUCCAUAUCUUGAGAGAAACAUUACUGGGGAAAAGCUGAAAGAGAUGCCUGUGCAUGGAGUACGAACCCCUACAACCAUGCAAGAAAGGUCGCUGGACUCAUCAUCGCCACAAGGGGAAUACAACUACCAUAAUGGAGUUGGGAUGUACCGUUCACAGUCAUUCGGAAAUCCAACAGCCAGUAGUCCUGAGACCAACCCUAAACUAAUGCCCAGGGCUCCUGAGAGGAGCACCAGUAGCCGGGAAGCUGUUCAACGAGGUCUGAGCGCCUGGCACCAACAUAGUCUUCCAGAUGAUCCAUUUGGGCCUCCUCUUCAAUCUACCCACAGCUUGCCCCAUUUCCCAACUUCUGCUUCACAGCGUGACAUUGAGCAGUCCAUUGAGGCACUUAACAUGCUGAUGCUCGACCUGGACCCAAUCAACUCCCAUCUGUCCAAAUCUCACAGUGCACCGCCUGGGGAGAAUAUCAUUAAUUCCUCCCAAGUUCCUUUUUCUCAAACGUUAGCCAGACCCUCUUACCAAGCAGAGUCUGCCAUUCAUGGCUACAAGAAUGCUGGGUCAGUCAACAACGCAUAUCACCAGCCUCUACGAACCACUGGAAGAGUGUCAACAGUGACGAACCAGAGUGCAGUCACGGACUCAUCGGCGCACUCACUUCCACAGAGGUCAAACGCUGGCUACCAACAGCAAACCAUCACUCCAACACACACUCCUGAGCCCUACCUCCAGACACACCAAUCCCCUUACAACCACCCUAGUGUUUUGUCAUCUAACUUCCACCAGCAUGCACCAACUAACUCAUAUGCAGGCAGCAUUGUUUCACACUCCCCUGAUCUGAAAGGGUCAUCUCCAUACCCAGGGUGCAGCACCUCUUCUUCCCCACUACCCGCCCUUACCCCUCAGCUGAAGGACUUGUCUUCUUCACCCUUGCCCAAAGAACAAGACACAGAAGAGGAAACACUAAACUUAGAAGGCCUUGUCGCUCACCGCAUAGCUGAGUACAACGCUCGCAUUCGAGGCAUCAGCCAAAGCAUGACACCUCAACAAUGUGACCGUCAUCGCUCCUAUUCCUUCUCUGGUGUUCGCUCUAGAGGGAUGACCCCAGAGGUAACACAGGAGACCGGUAGACGCCGGACCACCAGUGAGGGCCAGUACCAGAGCAGCCAUGACAAUAUGUCAGCAGCGCACUCACCAGACUUCGCCAACAAUCUGGCUCUUAAUCCCGGAGGAAGACCAAGAGAGGGUCCCAUGCACAGCUACCGUGAGGCGUUUGAGGAUGAUGAGGCGGGACGAUUCGCCAACAGCCCCACUUUUGGGGGCGGUGGUGAGAUGUUUACCAUGUCGCCACAGAGCCCUUACUUCAACACGUCUCGCUCUACUCCGGGUCUGACUAAGACUCCUUUGUCUGCGUUGGGACUGAAGCCUCAUCCACAAGGUGGAUCAGAUAAUCGUGGUUUUGUGGACUUGAGGCAACAGCCGUUCAGUGCUCCCCUCUCCUCCAGCAGUCCGGUCCACACCACAGAUAGCAGGUGGACUGAUUCUUCAGACGAGGUUCCAAACAGCCCCUCCUUCAUGUACACCAACAGACCAGCCUCCCCCGAGGGCUCCCAGGUCAACAUCAUGGGUGUCCACACUGUGCCUGGCAGUCCAAACACCCUCCACCGCACUGUGGCUACCAAUACCCCACCAAGCCCCGCCCUGCAGAGACGUCUUGGUCAAGCAAGCCCUUCGUUGGCCAGACACCCAUCCCCAGCCGGCAAACCCUCCAGUCCUUUGAUUGGCCGCAACCUCAAAACAGCAUCAGGUGGGGUCCCUCAAAGCCCCAUGAUGGGUCGUCGCACAAUGGGAAGUGGCCAAAGCACACCAGACGAGAUGGGCGCUGCCUCCCGUCAGGGAAGCGCCCAGCCACCUCCCACGCCCACCUUCCCCGUCUCACCCCAGCUCCCUGAAAAGAGGCACAUGUCCAGCGGGGACGCCGAGAGAACAGACAACAAGAUCAUGACCCCUGUCAGUGGGGGUAGCACACCCAACCUGACCAACACACUCCCCGAUGUCUCCAAGUCCAUCUACGAUGUUUAUCCUGACAUCAAGAUGAAUGUAAAGUUUGUGCAGGACACUUCCAAGUUCUGGUACAAGCCAGAUAUCUCUAGAGAGCAAGCCAUCAAUCUGUUAAAGGACAGAGAACCAGGGGCAUUCGUCAUUAGAGACAGCCAUUCUUUCCGUGGAGCCUACGGUCUGGCGAUGAAGGUGGCAUGCCCCCCACCGACAAUUCAGCAGAACAAAAAAGUUGGAGACUUGACAAACGAACUGGUGAGGCACUUCCUUAUUGAGACGAGCCCCAAAGGCGUCCGCCUGAAGGGUUGUCCGAACGAGCCGUAUUUUGGAUGUCUUUCUGCUCUUGUGUACCAACACUCGAUGACCCCACUGGCUCUACCCUGUAAGCUCAUGAUCCCCACCAAAGACCCCAACGAAGAAGCACUGGAGCUUGCCACACCCACUGAUCCAGUUGUUGAACUUCUCAAACAGGAAGCAGUUCAAAAGGUUCCUGAGGAAAGCCAUGCAUGCAACGUUCUCUACAUCAACUCUGUGGACAUGGAAUCGCUCACGGGGCCCCAGGCCAUCGCCAAGGCCAUCAGUCAGACGUUGGCAACCAGCCCCCUCCCCGCUGCCACUACUGUCCACUUUAAAGUGACAACGCAAGGCAUCACGCUUACCGACAGUCAGAGGAAGAUUUUCUUUAGGCGACAUUAUCCAAUCAGUACAAUAACUUACUGUGACAUGGACCCUCAGAAUAGAAAAUGGGGCAAAGAAGGAGGAGGUUCAGUGAAGCUUUUUGGAUUUGUUGCAAGAAAACAAGGAAGCACAACAGACAAUGCAAGCCACCUGUUCGCGGAGCUGGACCCAGAUCAGCCUGCCUCAGCCAUCGUCAGCUUUGUCUCCAAGACAUUGAACCGGUGAAAAAGUCUACAGAGGUGGCGGUUUGGAAAUCCUCGUUGACUUGGGUGUCAAUUUCUUUUCUUCGGGACUUGAUUAUGUCCUGGAUUUUUUUUUUCUUUCUCUUGGUUGGUUUCUCCUUCAGUUUUUCCUCUCUGCCUUGCCUGGUUUGUCUUUUUCGGAGUUUGAAGGCUUCGGGUAUGGAUCCAGACUGGAGCUAGAGGAUGUGUGACGUGACGAACACAAGAGGCUAUUGCAGGGGUUUAUUGACACAAGGAGCGAGGCUAAGCUCAUUCGGGGAACACGUAUGGACUCACGUGUUUCCAUGCAUUUUUUUCCCCUUUAUUCUGAUUCAUUUACCAAAGGUUGCUGCAAUACAAGUGCAAGAAUGAUGUAGCUUUUAAGCCAUUUAUUAUUUCCUCUUUUUAAAAGAAGAAUAGUUGAACAAAACAAACAAGAAAAAAAAAACCUGCUUUGUUCUUGAACUUGAAAAAAGAAAAAAAAAACAGCCUUAACGGCUUUUGCAAAACAAUGUCUGAAGACAUUAUGCAUGUUAGCUUGAUCUUUAAGCUUGGUUCUUCUACUUUCCACUAAACAUCAUCCUUCGAAAGGUCACGAACUGGUCUGCUGUGUGUUGGAAAGGGCUCUGCGAUUAAAGAAAAAAAAAUUAACUGAUUUAAACUGUGCAUAGCAGACCGGACUCAAAAACGUAGGAAUAACAAGAAAAAAAACAAAAGUCCUCGCUUUGAGGCAUUGAAAUUUGACUUUGGUACAGCCACUAUUGGAUGCCUCACAGGUGAUUCAUCUGCAAACUCCCUACAACACAACACAAAGGGAGGAAGACUGUUUGCCCACUAGAUGGCGCCACAAAUUCAGGCUUGCACUUCCCCUUCCCUCAUCAGCACCUGCUUGCAGUAGUGGAUUUCUUGAUAGACACACACUGGAAAACCACCAGGGACUGGCCCGAUGACCUGGACCUAUGCACUGUUCUUUAUGCAUGUUGUUGUCCCUCAAAAGGAAAAAAAAAAACGAAAAAUCACCAAAAAACAUUUGUGUGCUUUUAAAAAAUGAAGAAGAAAAAAAAGAUCUUUCGACACACGAGGUUUGAUGACUUGUCAAAGACUGCAUGAAGUAGACGACAUGUUUUUUAUACUCCUUCAGAGUCCUAAAAGAAAAAAACCCGACAAACCAUUGUGAUCCCAUAAUGGUGAUACAUCCAACCUUUUUCUUCGGCUUAAAUCGAAUUUUAUUUUUCUUUCCAUGUUGUCAGCAUUUAGGACAAAGAGGAAUUUAAGAAUUUAAGAAGAAAAGAAAAAAAAAACACUGUGCGCAAUGCCUGCUUGUUGAUCACGUGUUAACAAUAAGCUAAGGAAAAAUUGAUAUAAAUGUAAAUAGAUUCUUUAAAAGGUGACAUAGCGAAAAAGUAUUUAUUUUUGUUGCUUUGGUCCCUCAUAAUUCCUCAUAUAUACAUAUAUUGUACAGUCUAGAUAAAGAUUAUGGGUUAAGAUUUAAAACAAAAGAAAUUCUACUUAUUUUGGCUAAUGAUUUCAAAGAGCGAGAACUUUGAAACGUGUUCAAAUAUAUGGUGUACAUUACUUUGUACAUUGUUUAUUUUCUGUUUUUUUUUUGCCCGUUUUUCGUGUUCUCUCAGAAGGAGGUGGGGCAUGUAUGGGACGGAGGCCAGGAGGCUUGACUGCAUGGACAGAAACAGAAAAAAGUUCGGAAAAUCAAAAAAGACAAGGGAAGUCCAGAAGCCAAAUGCAAUAUGUAAACCCGUCAGUGUGCACCCAUGACAGUUAUAAUGUUUUUUUUUUUUUUUUGCCAAAGAUGUACACAUAUAAACACGCAGACUGCAUGUUUAUUUUAUUUUAUGUUUACAUGGUUUAGUUUAAUUUAAUAUAUAGUAGACAACCUCUUGGUUUUCAUCUAGUGUGCCAGAGCAAACACAACAAAAUGUAUUCGUAAGCAAUGCACUUUUCUUCACUAUGCCAUAAGAGGAGUGACAUCACUUUCAGGUGGGUGUCACGUUGGAGCUAAAUAGGGUCCCACCCCGUUUCACUUGAUAGCAGCUUCCCAGAUUUAAACAAAAGGUAUUUAUUGUUAUUUAUUUGUUUUCUUUGCAGUUUGAUCAGUCAGUGUUAAUGACGGUGGCGCUUAAUUUAAAGCAAAGAGGUACGGAGCACUUAAACUGAAGAGGACAAAAAAAACCUAAACACUCGUAUCCUUCAACGUUGCCUAAAUGUGACAGACUCUGAAACUCCAUUGUAUCUGUUGGCUUUGAGUCAAUAGUUACCGUGUGUGAUUGAAGAAAAACAAGAACCUGUGACCUCUUGUACAGAUGGGUGUCAAAUGUGUGAAUGUACCAUUAGGGAUGUACAAAAGGGUCUCAGAUUUUGUUUGCGCUUGUCAUUUUACGUUAUAUUGUCAUGGCUUACCUGUUCCUGAGGAGAAAAAAAAAACAUUAAAGCAAUACAAGUCAGUUACA